GUAAAACCUUAUCCACCCCCAAAACCCCAAGGAAACCUCCAUUAUCGACCAUCAUGUUUCCCCGAGUUUUGAAUUCAAUCUCUCGACGAUCUUGAUUGCUUAUUAACGUAAUUCAAAACUCGAUACUCGAUACCUCCUUCUGAAUCCUUAGCAGAUGGAGCUUUCUUCUCCAUUAGUACCCUCAAGUUCAAACAUCUUUCACCGGACCCAUGACCUCUCUUUCUCCUCCUCCAUUUCACCUUUCCCAGUCAAAACCCACUUCCAAAAACUCAAAUUCCGAAAACCCAUUUCUAACCCCGCCAUUUUCGCCGUCGUGGACUCCCAGGAGAAACAGGAACAACUCCCUCAAAACAGCCCACAAAGACUUCUCAAAGAGCUCUCCCAACGCAAGCAAUUCGUAUCUCCUAAGAGAAGAGUACCCCCGAAGCGAUUUAUCCUCAAACCCCCAUUAGACGACGCAAAAUUAGCUCAAAGGUUCCUCAACAGCCCUCAAUUGUCGCUAAAGCAAUUCCCAUUACUCAGCUCUUGUUUACCAUCAAUGAAAUUGAACAAUGCUGAUAAAACAUGGAUAGAUGAGUAUUUGCUUGAGGCAAAACAGGCUCUUGGGUACCCUUUGGAACCAUCUGAGAAUUACGGAGAUGAUAACCCAGCUAAGCAAUUCGAUACGUUAUUGUAUUUGGCUUUUGGGCAUCCGCAUUGUGAGAGAACGAAUGCGAGACACGUGAGAUCUGGGCAUUCCCGAUUAGGGUUUUUGGGACAGUUUGUUCUUGAAAUGGCGUUGGCUGAGUUUUUCUUGCAGAGGUAUCCAAGGGAGUCACCAGGUCCAAUGAGGGAAAGAGUGUAUGCUUUGAUUGGGAAGAAAUAUUUGCCCAAAUGGGUUAAAGCUGCUAGCUUGCAUAACUUGAUUUUCCAGUUUGAUGACAUGGAUAAGCUUCUUAGAAAAGAGCGAGAACCACCAGUGAAGUCAGUAGUUUGGGCUUUAUUUGGAGCAAUUUAUCUGUGUUUUGGUAUGCCAGAAGUUUAUCGUGUACUCUUUGAAGUAUUUGGAAUGGACCCUGAAGAUGAAGAAUGUCAGCCUAAAUUAAGAAGACAACUUGAAGAUGUUGACUUUGUCUCUGCUGAAUUUGAAGGAAAAAAACUCACUUGGCAAGAAGUCGCUGCUUACAAGCCUCCUGAAGAUGCUCUUUUUGCUCAUCCAAGGCUAUUCAGGGCUUGUGUGCCACCUGGAAUGCAUAGAUUCAGGGGAAAUAUAUGGGAUUAUGAUUCUAGACCUCAAGUUAUGAACACAUUAGGGUAUCCUUUACAAGUUAAAGAUAGAAUCCCAGAAAUUACUAAUGCCAGAAACAUCGAACUUGGCCUCGGAUUACAGCUUGCUUUCUUGCACCCUUCAAAGCACAAGUUUGAACAUCCUAGGUUUUGCUUUGAACGACUUGAAUACGUUGGCCAAAAGAUACAGGAUCUUGUAAUGGCGGAGAGGCUGCUGAUAAAGCAUAUAGAUGCUCCGGGAAGGUGGUUGCAGGAGAAGCACAGGCGACUUCUUUUGAACAAGUUUUGUGGGAAGUAUUUGAGGGAAAAACACCUUCACAGGUUCAUAAUUUACAGUGAGGAAGUUCAAGAUUCUUAUGAACAUAACAGGAGGCUCAGGAAUCCGGCCACCACCUCGGUUCAACAAGCCAUUCAUGGACUAUCAUACACUGUUUAUGGGAAACCGGAUGUUAGACGCCUCAUGUUUGAGCUUUUUGACUUUGAACAAAGUCAACCUAAAGCCGUAUGAUUCAUGUUCAUGUUCAUGUUUGUUCUUGAUGAUGUACAUAUGUCUAUGUGUCAUGGUGGUUGUUUUGUUACACACUUUUACAUGUAAGAUUAAUGUACCAUUUGUUGGACAAAGUAACCAUAUGGAAUGUAUAAGUAGAAAAAAGUGGUGGUGGGGUCUACAUCAAAGGCAAAAUGGGA